CCACAUUUUUCACGUCUUUAUUUCGCAGGAAUGGCACGUCAAGCAGUCAAGCUGUUUUCUUUUGUGACAGUGAUUUUAUUCAGUAUUGUUCUUUUCAUAAUGUCUCAGGGAUAUUUACCAAGUAACAUCAGAUAUAGAUGGGUAGCCACGUCGACAGUAAAACAUUUCAAAGGACUGAACAGCUUUUAUAAAAAUGAAAGACUGUGGCAAAAAGAAGGAAAUGUGACCUUGUUAAAUGCUACAAGAGAUUCACUGACAGUGUUAGAGAUGAAUCAAAUGAAUAAAUAUCGCGUUGAAUAUCCUAUUCCAAUGAUACACAAGAGAAACUUCAAGAAGCUUCCUCAGUGGACAUUUGAGGAUAUUUAUAACUUGGAUGCUCCGCCAAGAUCUACGAAAUGUGCCCAUUCUCUGCACAACUCCAAGGACGAGGACUUUCAGAAAGCUUUCCUUCCCAACAUUCGCAUGUUUCUCCAUAAAGAUAACAUCAACAUGAGAGAGUGGAACCGGCUUUCACACUUCAACAAUCCCUUUGGCUUUAUGGAAAUGGCGUAUGAAGAUGUAAUGCCAGUGUUGAAGCUGAUCUCAAAGCCCAAAGAACCGCUGCUCCGCCCAAAACCAGGUGGGGACGGCUGCAUUCGCUGUGCUGUGGUGGGAACAGCAGGCAUCUUGAACGGCUCCAAAAUGGGCGCUGAGAUUGAUGCGCACGACUACGUGUUUAGGAUGAACGGCGCGGUGAUCGAAGGCUAUGAGGAAGACGUGGGGAACAGAACAUCAGUGUAUGUUCACACGUCUUUCUCCAUCUCCUCGUCCCUUUACCGAUUCAAGAAGUACGGAUACAAAUCAGCUCCACAUGAUGAGGGUAUAAAGUACGUCAUGAUUCCCGAAGGGAUGAGGGAUUACAAGUGGCUCAAGGCUCUGAUCAGAGAAGACAAGGAGUCUAAAAACAACCCCAGAACUUACUAUUCAGGCCAGUACAAUGAGAGCCGCUUUUAUGUUCUGCACCAGGAUUUCCUGCGAUACGUACGAAACAGGUUUUUAAAAUCAAACAAUCUUAAUCGAGGAUACUGGGCAAUCGUUCGUCCAACCAACGGGGCAUUCACUGUCUUCACAGCUCUGCAUGCUUGUGACACUGUGAGUGCCUACGGAUUCAUGACAGAAGACUACAACAAAUACUCCUGCUACUACGUUGAGAGGCACCUGAAAACCAACGUGAUUUUCUACAGCAACCACGACUACAUUAUGGAGAAGAAUUUAUGGAAGAGGCUUCACGACAAAAAGAUAAUAAAGCUUUACCAAAGAACUUGAUCACAAGAUGGGAUCAACAAACUGAAACUCUGAGGAUGACUGUUGCAUAUUUUGAAAACAAAAUGUACAGAGAGAGUAUUUACUCUCGUUUCUAUCAUGCUUUCAUGGUGGAUUAAAUAAAUGUGAAAUGUAUGAAGAUUUUAGGUACAAAUGUUGCAGGUGAUAUUUGGAAAUGUAAUCAACAUUGUGUGGCUGAAUGAAAUGAGGAUUUAAUUUAAUCUGCAAAUUCCCAGAAAAUAUGUGGAUUUUGUAAGAUUUGUGCAAAAGAAUGUCCCACAACUUAUUGUUUACUGAAGAACAAUGAGACCGGCUUCUGUUUUCUUCUUUAGGACUUUCUGGGAUAUGUACUGAUCAGGUCAGCAUUGUUUUUGCCGAUUUUUUGGCACAUUGUGGCCUCUAUCAGAUAAUACAAACAAGGUGGAAAAGGGAAAGACUUGCAGAAAAUUACAGCAACCAGGAAUCAAACCCAAGAAAACUGCAUCGAGGUUUAUAGCCUUUUAUAUGUUGCUUCAGCACCAGAAACUGAGCAGCAAACCAAGGUCAAUAUUUAAUCACCAUAAAGCGGUGAACACUCUUUCACUAAUUUGCUAAUGACAGAGCUCACUUUUAGCACCUUAAACCUGAGAAACUACAUCUUUCAGUCAUGAAAUAAAUAUGUUCACCUUGACAUCAACCACCCAGCAUUGUUUGCAACACAAUGUUUGUAUGUGAUGAAUAUUAUGUGAAUAAAUGCUUCCCGAACCGCACCCCAUCGCUUCGGUGCCAGACACAUAAUUAUAGAUAAUUUCCUUCACUAAGUGUUAGUUUUUAGUGAACUUGUCACA